AUCAGCGCGGCGCCAGCGCUGCGGAGGGCCCCGGGGCCUGUCCCGAGUGUGGCGCAGCUUGAGGAGACCCUCGCAGAUGCCUGAAAAUCAACUGCGUGGUUUGGGGGCGCUCGGAAACCCCAGCGGACGGCGGCGAGGGGCGCGUGGAGCCGUGGGGGCAAGGAGUCGGGCGGCAGGACGGGCGGCCCGGAGCUCAGGCAGGGCCCAGCGCCGGCGGGCGGCCGGCCGGCCGGCGGGGCUGCCCGGCGCGGGUGUCCCGGCGAUGUGUGGCGCUGAAGCGGCAUCGGGAGCGGCGGCGGCGGCGGCGGCGGCGGCGGCCGGCUCGGCCUCGGCUUCUCAGCGGUGCCGGCGGCGGAGACGGAGGCGCAGGUUCCUCAUUAGGACCUGGCGAGCCCAGGCCUAAUCGGCGGCCCCGCGAGGCCUCUGCAUAGCUCCCCGGACGGGGACCCUCCCCGCCUCGCCCUGCCCCGGGAGCCUGCCUCCCCGGCCGGGGAUGAAGCCGGGAGGCGGCCGCACGGGGCCCAGCACAAAGGCUUGUCCCCGGGGGCCGCCGCCGCCAGCCUAGAGCCACCCACCGAAGCGGAGCCGGCGCCGGGGCCCUCAUCCCCGCCGGUCCCUGGGGACGGCUGCUGCCGGUCUCCCCGAGGCCCAGGGGCCCGAGCGCCGAGCCCCUUGCUCCCCCGGCUACGGUGGGACCUGGCACCUGUGCAGCCUCCGCCGCUCCCGGCUGUAGAGGCCCCACGGAGCAUGUCCAAGGAGAGCGACAUGGAGAAAGCCAUCAAGGAAACCUCCAUUUUAGAGGAAUACAAUAUCAAUUGGACUCAGAAGCUGGGAGCUGGAAUUAGUGGUCCAGUUAGAGUCUGUGUAAAGAAAUCUACUCAAGAACGGUUUGCACUGAAAAUUCUUUUUGAUCGUCCAAAAGCUAGAAAUGAGGUACGUCUGCACAUGAUGUGUGCCACACACCCAAAUAUAGUUCAAAUUAUUGAAGUGUUUGCUAACAGUGUACAGUUUCCUCAUGAGUCCAGCCCCAGGGCUCGACUCUUAAUUGUAAUGGAGAUGAUGGAAGGGGGAGAGCUAUUUCACAGAAUCAGCCAGCACCGGCACUUUACAGAGAAGCAAGCCAGCCAAGUAACAAAGCAGAUAGCUUUGGCUCUACAGCACUGUCACUUGUUAAACAUCGCUCACAGAGACCUCAAGCCUGAAAAUCUGCUCUUCAAGGAUAACUCUUUGGAUGCCCCAGUGAAGUUGUGUGACUUUGGAUUUGCCAAAAUUGACCAAGGUGACUUGAUGACACCCCAGUUCACCCCUUAUUAUGUUGCACCUCAGGUAUUGGAGGCACAGAGAAGGCAUCAGAAGGAGAAAUCUGGCAUCAUACCUACCUCGCCAACACCCUACACUUACAACAAGAGCUGUGACUUGUGGUCCCUAGGGGUGAUUAUCUACGUGAUGUUGUGCGGAUACCCUCCUUUUUACUCCAAACACCACAGCCGAACUAUCCCAAAGGAUAUGCGGAGAAAGAUCAUGACAGGCAGUUUUGAGUUCCCAGAAGAAGAGUGGAGCCAGAUUUCAGAGAUGGCCAAAGAUGUUGUGAGGAAGCUCUUGAAGGUCAAACCAGAGGAAAGACUCACCAUCGAGGGAGUAUUGGACCACCCGUGGCUCAACUCGACUGAGGCCUUGGAUAAUGUGCUACCCUCUGCUCAACUGAUGAUGGAUAAGGCGGUGGUUGCAGGAAUCCAGCAGGCUCACGCGGAACAGUUGGCCAACAUGAGAAUCCAGGAUCUGAAAGUCAGCCUCAAACCCCUGCACUCUGUGAACAACCCCAUUCUGAGGAAGAGGAAAUUACUCGGCACCAAGCCAAAGGACGGUGUUUAUAUCCAUGACCGUGAGAAUGGAGCCGAGGAUUCAAAUGUUGCCUUGGAAAAGCUCCGAGAUGUGAUUGCUCAAUGUAUUCUCCCCCAGGCUGGAGAGAAUGAAGAUGAAAAGUUGAAUGAAGUAAUGCAGGAGGCUUGGAAGUAUAACCGGGAAUGCAAACUCCUAAGAGAUACUCUGCAAAGCUUCAGCUGGAAUGGUCGUGGAUUCACAGAUAAAGUAGAUCGACUAAAACUGGCAGAAAUUGUGAAGCAAGUGAUAGAAGAGCAAACCAUGUCCCAUGAAUCCCAAUAAUGACAGCUUCAGACUUCGUUUUUUUAACAAUUUGAAAAAUUAUUCUUUAAUGUAUAAAGUAAUUUUUAUGUAAAUUAAUAAAUCAUAAUUUCAUUUCCACAUUACUUAAAGAUGCUGUAUAGAUUUAGAUACAGGACUUAUUCAUAGUAUAGUUCAUUUGUUUGUUUUUAAGAAAAGCUCAGUUCCUAGAGAUAUACUAUUACUCUAGGACUGUUUUCUCAUAUGUUUGUAAGAUGACAGAUGGUAUCGUCAAACAAGAUUGUUUUAUUUGUAAUAAAGUGUACAAAAACCAUUUGCCAGUGGUAGACAAAGGACUGACUAUACUGACCUGUUUAGUAAACAGUUGAAUCAAGUACUGUGGAA